GGACAUCCCUAAUUCUAGCCAGUUAAUCUUCCCAGGUUCAUUAUAUCCCCCGCAUCUGGUAUUUUCCUCUUAGAAAGGGUAUACACGUACUACCCAACGAGAUCGUAGGUUGGUAAAACGCCCGAACCUUUUCAGUAAACCCUUCAAAGCACGUUUUUUUCCUAUAUAAAGAACUAGGUAGCUUUCCUACUAUAUACCCCUGUAAAUCAUCCAAGGUUAAAGUUACUAGACUUUAUACGACUCACGAUGGCUCAGCGCGAGGAGAUUCUCCAUAGACUCGUUCUUUCAUAUAUCCGGGAAGCCCUCUUCCUUCCAAUUCCCAUACGCGAGUUCUUAAACUACAACCUUCCUUGGACCCGUUGGCGCCUAUCCGGUGCUCGCUAUUCGAAGUCAAUCUGGAAGAUGAGAAACAGUCUGAAUAUGAUGCCUUAUCAUACACAUGGGGAAUCCCAAGCUUCACAGAGGAACUGAUUGUUGAUCAGUGUUACUUGAUGAUCACGCCAAAUCUCUUGUAUGCAUUGCAGCGGUUCCGAAUGCCGACCGAGGCUCGUAUGAUUUGGGUUGAUGCAAUAUGUAUCAACCAAGAAGAUGACGACGAAAAGUCGAGACAGAUCCCUUUCAUGAGGCAGAUCUAUCGUAGCGCGUCAUCGGUACUUGUUUGGCUGGGCAUUGAUAAGAGUGCUUCUGACUCCAUGCGCCGACUUCAUCAUUAUACGAAGCAACCUAGGUCAAGUGCCUCUACGACAGAGAUCGCCCGAGAACUAAAUAACAUCACCAAGCUACCGUGGUUCCACCGACGAUGGAUAAUUCAAGAAGUAGUUUUAAACCCCAAUGUCCUUCUUAAUUGUUCUGAGGUGAGCAUGCCAUGGACGCGCCUUGUCCAAGCCCUGAACACGGGAAUAACCACGGAAGUCAUGAACUCCCUAGUAACGAUGGCGGACCUUUGGAAGGACUGGAUACUCCGGAAAGAUGAUGCACAACCCCACAUUUUCAACCUUCUUGUUUCAUUUCACGGCUCCGAAUGCCAAGAUGCCAGAGACAUGAUAUACGCCUUGGGCGGACUGGCAAGUGAUGUGCAAUUGAGAGAUAAUAGCGAUAGAAAGGGAUGGGCUAAAGAAAUAGACGAGAGUGGCGGAGAGAAGGAUACCGGAGACCGUGGGAAAACUAUGAUACGUGUUGACUAUACAAUCCCCGCUGAAUGGCUUUACUAUGAAGUCGUGGUUGGGCUACUUGACUCUGGGGUCUUGGGGGCUGUUGAUCUCUUAGCUCAAUGCGCCAUCAGGAAAACAGCUGAUGAGUCAGAUCAGAUGCCUUCAUGGGUUCCUGAUUGGAGGAAACCGAAGAUUAGGGAGCCGCUUUGGUUUUCCCCGUCUGACAUUCAAGGACGUUUGGAGCCGCAUAACCGGUCAAUACUGACAAUCAAGUCAUCGAGCAUCCAUCUGCUGGGUGAAGUAACUAAUAACAGUGUUAGCGCCGUUUUCCCUGACAUAUAUGUCGAAUCCGAGAUUCAUAAAUGGUUCUUAGAUACAUGGGCAAGCUUAGCUGAACUACAAGCAUCCCAAAAUAGUGCGCACCAACAUCAAACUAGCGAACAUAUCCUAGCUCGUUUCGUUAAUACUGUUUUAAACGAAAAGACACCAUAUGAACAUGACGGGCUGAAAAGUUUCAACAUAGACGGUUUUCAUAAAUCUUGGGUCAAGUAUCGAGAGUAUCUGCAAAGGGUCUGCGAGGACAUACAGCAGGGGAAAAUACCCUCAGAGUUCUACAAAUUCACUUGGAAUUAUAUGAAAGGCCGCACUAUCUUCAUUUGGCAGGACGCCGCUAAGUCUCAGCCACAAUACGGGUUUGGACCCUCCCAUGCCCAACCGGGAGACACGAUACUUGCACCAGGGUCCUCCACUUUCCAGGCAUUCUUCAACACCGGCAUGCGACCGUUGAACACCAAUAGGUCGUCUUUCCUACUUAGGCAGUCUCCCGUUGAAAUCGAUUUAUCAUUUGAACAGAAAGAUCGUGUGUUGCCGGGGAACUUUCGAUUAGUUGGGGACUGUCAGGUUAUGCUAUACUCUGGGCGUACUAUCCACGACUUGACUAAGGAACCUGAUGAUUAUAAGCCUUUAGAUUUCUCUUGGUUUCGACAACUCUCUAUAUCGUAGUAUUAUCCCUUCCAUACUAGGGCAGACAGACAUUCAGGAUGGGCAAACUUUGAUGAGGACUUCUUUAUAAACCUAAGCUACCUCCUAAUGUAAGGAUAGGCAGCUUUUCUCGGUUCCCCUUUAAUUAUCUUCGCCUCUUUGAUAUAGCAAUAGAUGAAGUUGAUAUGAAGACACGUUCAAACUUAGGUGAGCAGAUGAGGUAGGGC